GGUGUGCUUUCCCUCUGUGACAUCACUCAGACUGUGACGUCCAUUCUUCCUGUUUCCUCCAGCUGUGUCUUAAAGUAAAUCUUGUUGUAGUGCGGAGACUCAGCUGAGCUCUGCCUGCCGAAAUAAUACAAUCCCAGGCAGGCAAAGGAGAGCCACACAAAAGAGUCUCUUCUCAUUCUCUGCCUCAUUCUCCCUCUGUGUGUGUGUGUGUGUCUCCCUCUCUGCCUCCUGCUUCUCUCUGGCACAUUCACACACACACUUAGUCACUCGCACACACACAGUCUCCCUCCCUUGUCAAAUUGUCCUAUUCAUCAGCAGAUAUUCCAGCCUCUGUGUUUUCUGUCUUUCGCCGGCAAAGAGGAUCACUUUCAUUGCUUUCCCUGAGGUCCCAGGAUUCUCGAGCUGUGCCCAGCUGACAAGCUUUUGAAGAUGGCACAAUAACAGUCCAGUGAUGCCUGACCAUGACAGCACAGCCCUCUUAAGCACGCAGACCAAGAGAAGAAGAGUUGACAUUGGAGUGAAAAGGACAGUGGGGACAGCAUCUGCAUUUUUUGCUAAAGCAAGAACAGCGUUUUUCAGUGCCAUGAAUUCCCAAGGUUCCGAACACGAUGUUGAGUAUUCAGUAGUGCAACAUGCAGAUGGGGAAAAGUCAAAUGUGCUCCGCAAGCUGCUGAAGAGGGCAAACUCCUAUGAAGAUGCCAUGAUGACUUUUCCAGGAGCAACCAUCAUUUCCCAGCUGUUGAAAAAUAACAUGAACAAAAAUUGUGGCACAGAGCCCAGUUUCCAAGCCAGUGGCCUUUCUAGCGCCGGCUCAGAAAUACAUCAGGAGGAUGCGUGUAGCAACUCUUCAAGAGACAGCCCCCAAGAGUGUCUUUCCCCAUUUGGCAGGCCUACCAUGAACCAGUAUGAUAUGGAUCGCUUGUGCAAUGAGCACCUGAGAGCAAAACGUGCCCGGGUUGAGAAUAUAAUUCGAGGUAUGAGCCAUUCCCCAAAUGUGGCAUUAAGGGGCAACGAAGAUGAUAGAGAUGGAGCCCCUCGGUCAGUAAGCCCCAGAGAAAGCUAUAGAGAAAACAAGCGCAAGCAAAAACUGCCUCAGCAGCAGCAACAGAGUUUGCAAGAGCUGGUUUCAGCUAGAAAAGAGCAGAAGAGAGAAGAGCGUCGACAGCUGAAACAGCAGCUGGAGGACAUGCAGAAACACCUGCGCCAGCUGCAGGAAAAGUUCUACCAAAUCUAUGAUAGCACCGACUCCGAAAACAAUGAAGAUGGCAACCUGUCUGAAGACAGUAUGCAUUCAGAAAUCAUACAUGCUAGAGCUCAGGAUUUAGUGGGCAGAUCAGAUAAUGAGAUGUUUGACUUAGAUCCUGGUCAGUUUAUAGACCGUGCCCGAGCCCUCAUCAGGGAACAUGAAAUAGCAUCAGAUAAUCACCCCAAAAAAGAUGGUCCUAAAGAUAAAGAUAAUUUACAUCAUCAUUUUCAACCUGAAGGUAAGCACUUGGCAGAAGCAUUAAAGCAUGAACUGAAUACUGCCAUGUCACAGGUAGUGGACACUGUGGUCAAGGUUUUUUCUGCUAAGCCCAUACGCCAACUUCCUCAGGUCUUCCCACCCCUCCAGAUUCCUCAGGCAAGAUUUGCAAUCAAUGGGGAAAACCAUAACUUCCACACCACCAACCAACGUCUGCAGUGCUUUGGUGAUGUCAUCAUUCCAAAUCCCCUGGACACAUUUAGCAAUGUUCCGAUGCCUAGUUCUACAGACCAAACCGAAGCAUUGCCUUUAGUUGUGCGUAAAAAUUCAAAUGAUCAGUCUGCCUCUGGACCACCACCUGGUAGUCACCAUCCUUCACUGCAUCAAUCUCCUCUAUCAGCAGCUGCCAGUUUCUCAUCAUCAUCUUUCCGUCACCCUUUCCCUCUUCCUCUUAUGGCUUACCCAUUUCAAAAUCCAUUGGGUGCUCCCUCAUCAGCUUUUCAAGGAAAAGACAGGUCCUCCCCAGAAUCUCUAGACUUAACUAGAGAAACCACAAGUCUGAGGACCAAAAUGUCAUCACAUCACAUGAAUCAUCACCCUUGCUCUCCAGCUCAUCCACCCAGCUCAACAGAAGGCCUUUCACUGUCCUUCAUCAAGUCGGAGUGCGGAGACAUGCAAGAUAUGUCGGAUAUCUCACCUUAUUCCGGAAGUGCAUUAUACAUGCAGGAGGGGCUUUCUCCAAAUCACUUGAAAAAGGCCAAACUCAUGUUUUUCUACACAAGAUAUCCGAGUUCCAACAUGCUGAAAACCUACUUCUCCGAUGUAAAGUUCAACAGAUGCAUCACCUCCCAACUCAUCAAGUGGUUUAGCAAUUUCCGUGAGUUUUACUACAUUCAGAUGGAGAAGUAUGCCCGGCAAUCCAUUAACGAUGGCAUCACCAGCACUGAAGAGCUUUGCAUCACCCGAGAUUGUGAACUGUACCGAGCUCUGAACAUGCACUAUAAUAAAGCCAACGACUUUGAGCAGGUUCCGGAGAGAUUCCUGGAAGUGGCUCAGAUCACGUUACGAGAGUUUUUCAAUGCCGUUAUCGCAGGCAAAGACGUUGAUCCUUCUUGGAAGAAGGCCAUCUACAAGGUCAUCUGCAAGCUGGACAGCGAGGUCCCGGAUAUCUUCCGGUCGCCCAACUGCCUUCAGGAACUUCUUCAUGAGUAGAUAAAUUCCGCAGGCUGGAGCCGAAUGUAUGAAAAGUACAUUUCCCCUACUCCGACCCCCCACGUGAAAGGUCUAUGUGUGCGUGCGCGUGUAAGUGCUAUACUCGGGCGGAUGGGAUGUGUACGUGCAUUCGAACUGUGCAAUCUCUUUUAUUUUAUUGAAUAGGAUUUUUUCCAAGUAGAGAAUGAACUGGAUAUUCUCCCUUUCCCAGACAGUUGGGUUAGGGGAGAGGCUUUUACAUGUAAAUAUUAUGGGGAAAAAAAUACUUUUCAAUUAUAUUAUAAUUAUUAUAAUUAUUAUCCUUUGGCGAGUUCCCAAUAUGCUUUUUCCUUUGUUGUAACUGAUGGUAACAUUCAUUAGGCAGUUCUACAAGAUCAGGGACGGCCUUUGGGUUGUGCGACCCCUGCAGCCAACAGGGGUGCCAUAUGGAAAGGGUGGUGAGGCACUAGACUGGACAUUCUGUAUAAACACUUGAAACACACAUAUUACAGUAAAAUGUAUAUUUUUAUUUUA